AUGGACAAGUCCACCUCUAACACAACUACGGCUGCACCAACCACCGAGCCUUUGCCUUCUGAGUUGCUGCUUGUUGUAUUCAUACACGGAUUUAAAGGGGCAGAUACCUCUUUUGUCGAGUUCCCGCAGAGGCUGCAGCACAUACUCUCAGAGGCUAUAAGAGAUAUUGUCGUUGAGAGUGUCAUAUUCCCUGCGUACGAAACGAAGGGUGAACUUGAUGCGGCAGUCGUUCACUUUGCUGAUUGGCUGACCAACCUGACUGUUCAACGCGAGGUUGCCAACGGCCUAGGGGGCGGUGCAGGGAAGGCAAAGGUCGUUCUUUGUGGUCACAGCAUGGGAGGACUUCUCGCAGCCGACGCUCUUAUUGAGUUUGUCCGCACUCGUCCAGAUGCCAAGGCUCCGCUAUGGCCUAAUAUUAUCAGCUGCCUAACUUUUGAUACACCAUAUCUUGGUCUCCAUCCUUCAGUUUUCAAGAAUAGCGCUACUCAAGCAGCGACUUACAUUCGUAAUGCACGCGAAGCCUUCUCCAAUCUCGACAUGUUCGGUGCUAGAACUUCACCGGCUGCUUCUGCUGCCGCGAAUAUGCCCAAGGCAGCCAUCGAACCUCCUCCCAUCCAGGCAACGACAUCUGUUUGGCAGAAAUGGGCACCUGCAGCCUAUGCUGUAGGUGGAGCUGUGAUAGCGGGUGCUGCAGCUGGUACAGCGUACUACAAGCGCAAAGAUAUUGGGACUGGGUUCAAAUGGGCAACAGAUCACAUGCAGUUUGUGGGCGCGUUGUGGCAGGAAUCUACUUUGCAGAAUCGACUGAAGAUGCUCUUGGAGAUAGAAGAGCAUGUGGGCGUGGUGUUCCGAACGUUCUAUACCUUCCUUCCAGCGAGCCCCCCCUCGUACUCCGAAUCUCGAACGUUUAUCAUCUUGCCACGCCCAAUGUCUCCACUGGCAAAAUAUUUCUUGCAAGCUCCGAACACCAUUGCUUGGGACGAAAUACAGGCGCACACGGGCAUGUUCGACAGUAAGACUAACGAUGGCUAUUACGAACUCGGACUCUCCGUGGCACAAUUGAUCAGAGGAGCUGUUGAGCACAGUAGAGGCGCGCUCACGAAUACGCAUGCAGAGGUUGUGGGGGCGACACCACCUGCAGGCUGUCCAGCAGUGACGAUCCUACUCGAUCCUCAAGAGGGUCGUCAGUCGGAGGCCAAUGACAGUAUCAUACAGACACCGGGAUAG